CAAAAUAUUUUUAUGUAAACAGGUGUAAAUCUUAAUUAAAUAUCUUAGUGUUUAUACGAUUAAUUAAACACUAUAUUUAGUAGUAUAAGGAAUCAAGAUGAAAAUGAGAAAUAUUGAUGUCAAAUACGAUAAAAAUAAAAUAUGGAGUGUGAUAAAUAAACACUUGGAUGAGGACUACAGGGACCCUAUCCCCAGACCACUCCCAGAUGUCGCACCCGAAAGUCCAGAUUCGAUUGUGUGCAUCCCUAAUAAGAAAAAACCUGCUUCCAUCAGAGUGAUGAUCAGUGAAACGGCAAUAUGGGAUGCUUUGAGGGACAUGGGUGUUCUGAGACAGAGAGCUCCCAAGUCUUACACUAGCUACAGGAACAAGCAGCGAGAAAUAAUUUUCAACCAGCCCGAAUUAACCAACAGGGAAAUAAGAAGAAUGAAAAUGAAACCAAAGAAAUACGUUCUAUUCGAGCUGUUGGAAGAGGGUUACCGAUAUGCAGCACAUCAUUUGAAAAAAUUAAUGGAUGAGCAUGACCGAUUAAGGGAACCGAUACCUCCGGAACAGAUAAAAGACAAACCAUUAAAAAAUAUGAAAAAAACAGUAAUCUUUUUAGGAGAAAUCCUGAAACAAGCAAAUAUUUACAAAGAAGAACAUAACAACGAAGGAGAAUUUUCAAUAUACUUUUACACCGCAAAAUAUUAUGAAGAUAAAAACAACCCAUACUGGACAUGGUUAGCAGACUCAUUUUACAAAAAUGCAUUAAAAACUGCGAAAUCUUUUGAUUUGGAUGGUGGUUAUUCAAAAGCAUUUAUCAACUAUAUGUAUGGAAGAUUUUUGCUGAAACAAGGGAAUGCACCUCAAGCUGCAAAAAGACUUCAAAUUGCUUUCGAAUUGUCAAUAGGAAAACCAUGGGGUGCAAUGUGGGCCACAAAUAUUACUUUUGAAAAAAUCAAUGAAUAUUCCUCCUAUUUACUUCAUAUAGCACAACUUUUAACUGCAGAUAAAAUCUACAAGAGAUAUCCAGAAAGAGCGCUGAGGUUAACAAUAGAAGCAGUAAGACAUGCAAGAAGAGGCGACUGGCAUCCAGAUUUGGAAGAAGCAAUGCUAGAGCUCGCAAUUCAUUAUACAAGAAACAGAAAACACAGCGAAGCAAUAAAUACUCUUGUUCAAUUAAGUGAAAAGGUUGAUCCCACAGAAGAUAGAAACAUGUUUAUAAGCAUUCAAGUAUUAUUAGCAUUAUGUUAUAAAAGAGGCAGGAAAAAAGGUGAAACCCUGAAGCAGCUGUUUUUCUUGGUAGAGUUAGGAAGAAAAUGGAAACUUCCGAAUUUGGUGGCUUUUGGGCACAAAAAUAUAGCUCAAUACUUAAUGGAAAAAAACAGAAUUGUAUCAGCGAGAAAAUAUUUGACAUCAUGCAUUUUGCUAUUUAAGAAACAACAGCGUUACAAAGAUCUGGUGGAGUCGGUUUAUCUACUUGGAAGCUGCAAAGCUGAGCAACACAUAAAGGAAUAUAUUGAGCUAAUGAUUGACUCAGAUACACCAGAUACUCCAGGCUAUAAAAAGAUUUUAGACUUCUUAUCAUAUGGUAAACCAUUUUGGAAAGAGAAGACUUUAAAAAGAUAUAUUGUAACCAAAACAAUUGAACCACUCAUUUCACAAAAAGAAGUUUUAACAGCAUCAGAUAAAAUCUAUUUACUAUUAAAGGAUAAGUUUGGAGAACAAUUUGCAGAUUAUGCUAUGGAAGAAAUAACAGAGUAUGGUCGGAAACCCUUAUCGGAUGAUAAGUUUAACUAUAUAUUGGAAGACCCAACAGAAAUUCAAUACUUUGAAACUAGAAAAGAAGCUGAAGCUUAUAAAGCGUACUUAGUAGAUAAAUAUAGAGGCAAAAAUUUGCGUUUAAAUAGAUUAAGAGGGGAAAACAUAAAUUUUCAAAUAGGAAAAAGGGAAAUAGAAGACGAAAGUGAAGAAAAAGAAUAUAUAAAAACACUUAAUGACAUUGACCCAAUAAUUCCAUACGAGAAAGAUUCACCCAUGUACAAGCAAGCCUUAACAAUAAUAAAAGAUUAUUUGACUCCCCCUAGUUUUGCUGAAACCAAGAAACCUGUUAUUUUAAAUGUAACAGAUCCUAAAAUUUUAAUUAGACUAAUGAACACGAUCGUAGACUCAAGCAACGUCUUAUUCAAAUUUGAUGGUCCGAUCAAUUAUGAAGCAAUCUUGGCUGAAGUUAUUAAACAAAGAAGUGAGCAGAGAAAAUUUGUCGAAUCCCUGCCAGAAUUAUUACAUAAGCGAUACUCAACUGAAAUACCAGUAACAGUGGACCAAAGAAGAGAGUGUACAAUUUUCCCAGAGGAAGCCUUUACAGAAUAUGAUUCUGACAGACACAUUGAAAAAAAUAGAGAUAUACUAUAUAACAGUAAUUUUUAUGCAACAAUGUGAACAAUAUAUUUCCAAGAUAGCUAUUAUAUUAAUAAAAAUUUAUAUUAAAAGAUUA